AGCUACAGCGCGAAUGUUGUUGCCAGUGCUAGUCAACGCGACCAAGUGACGUGUAAGUCGGCAAAUAUAGCCAAGAAAGCUGAAUCAGAAACAGAAUCAACACAUCAUUCAACUGGGAAGCCGACGAUAAAAACUGAAGUACAUUUGAAAAUCAAUCCAAAUUGAAAGAUAAGCAACAAUGAUGCAGUUGCUGUACACGUCAGCCAGCAUACUUCUGCUACUUGUCGCCAGAGGAAGCGCCUUCUACUCCGCCUCCGACAAUGUUGUGGAAUUGACGCCAACCAACUUUGACCGGCUCGUUGGGCAGGAUGACGCCAUCUGGGUGGUGGAGUUCUAUGCACCGUGGUGCGGCCACUGUCAGUCUCUCGCACCCGAGUAUAAGAAACUGGCCAAUGCAGUCAAGGGCACAAUUAAAGUUGGCUCCGUCAAUGCCGAUGAGCACAAAGAGCUAGGCAACAAGUUCAAUGUGCGUGGCUUUCCCACCAUCAAAAUAUUCGGCGCCAACAAGAAAUCGCCCACGGAUUACAGUGGGCAGCGCACAGCAAACGGAAUUGCGGAGGCGGCGCUAGCCGAGGCCAAGCGGAAGGUGCAAGCAGCUUUGGGCGGUGGCGGAGGCAGCAGCGGAGGAAGGAGCAGUGGAGGAAGCGGCUCUUCCGGUGAUGUCAUCGAGCUGACGGAAGAUAACUUUGACAAGCUGGUGCUCAACUCAGAGGACAUUUGGCUGGUGGAGUUCUUUGCGCCGUGGUGCGGCCACUGCAAGAAUCUGGAGCCGGAGUGGGCCAAGGCCGCCAAGGAGCUGCGUGGCAAGGUCAAGUUUGGCGCGUUGGAUGCCACAGCGCAUCAAAGUAAGGCGUCGGAGUACAAUGUGCGCGGCUAUCCGACCAUCAAAUUCUUCCCAGCGAACACGAAUCGGGCGAGCGAUGCUCAGGAAUACAAUGGCGGACGCACCGCAUCCGAAAUCAUUAGCUGGGCCAGCGACAAGCAUACAGAAAAUGUGCCAGCACCGGAACUGACUGAGAUCACCGGCGAAUCGAGCUUCGACAGCGCCUGCGAUGGCAGACCGUUGUGCGUCGUCUCUGUGCUGCCCCACAUCCUGGACUGCGAUGCGAAGUGUCGCAACAAAUUGCUGGACACGCUGCGCACUCUCGGCGAGAAGUUCAAGCAGAAGCUGUGGGGCUGGGCCUGGGCCGAGGGUGGCCAACAGCCAGCGCUGGAGGAGUCUCUCGAGGUGGGCGGCUUCGGUUAUCCAGCGAUGGCCGUGGUCAACUUCAAGAAGAUGAAAUUCUCGGUGCUGAAGGGCUCCUUCUCCAAGGACGGCAUCAGCGAGUUCCUGCGCGACAUCUCCUACGGACGGGGACACACCGCCCCCGUUCGCGGCGCCAAGAAGCCAACCAUUGUCAGCGUUGAUCCCUGGGACGGCAAGGAUGGACAGCUGCCCGCCGAGGAGGACAUCGAUCUGAGCGACAUCGACCUGGACGAUAUCAAUGUCGGCAAGGAUGAGCUGUAAACUGAGCCAGAUCUUCGAUACUCAGCCACUUCCCAUCAAGACUGCAAACAGUUCAGGUUCCGGCUCAAUUUUCCACUUUUCCAGCAAGCAGAACAUAAAAAGCAUUUUCAAGUCAGCCAAUUGCAACCAACUAAUAAAUAUUAAUAUUAAAUAUUAGCAUUUUCUACUAUUCCACGUGUAUGUUUAAACAAAACGAAAUAAAAAAUACAUUUAAAGAAAAAUUCAA